AUGUACACGGUAUCUAUACACAAGUUAAAAUUGCAGUCAGAGAGGCACAUAAUUAGUGGUACCACAGCCAGCAAUGAGCAAGGACAUCCUGGAAUAACUAGGCCAAAAGGUCUUGAGGGUGUCUCAUGUGAAUCACUAACUUGGCAGACUCUGAGGUCUGUAUGGAUAAUUGGAGCUAAGGAACGCAGGAGUUGGGUUCAGGGAUUCCCAAACAAGAACUUUGGCUUUAUCAACAACCGAACUGUCUGUUACCCUUGUGGCAACUACAUCCUCUUCCUGGACAUUGAAACUAAGAAGAAGACAUUUCUGCAGUGUCAGGCUGGCCAGGUGGGAGCCUUCACAACAAAUGGGAACACUCAAGUGCUGGCCUUUUCAGACCGGAAGCUGAAUCCCAUCAUAUAUAUCUACAGUUUUCCAGAACUGAAUAAACUGACAGAAUUAAAAGGUAAUGCUCAGCUGGACUACACUUUACUAGCACUUAGUUUCAAAGGCCCAUAUCUAGCCAGUUACUCUUCAAUCCCAGAAUUUGUCCUUUCAGUAUGGAACUGGAAAGAAAAUAUCCUUCUGUGCAGUGAGUCUCAGCUAGGUGUAACAGCAACCUCUUUAAGUUUUAACCCUAUGAAUUGGCAACAACUGUGUAUUGUUAGUGAGAGCUCUAUUACUAUCUGGCAUAUUGAAAGGAAUAAUGAUGAGCAUCACCUUAAGCAAAACCCUGUGAAACUCCCUGAUGAACAAGGGUUCAUGAAUGCUGAUGAGGGUUUGUUUUUCCCAGUUUUUCACAAUGAAGAUCCAUACUAUGGCCCAGAUUUGCCAGUUUCAGCCAUUGCUGGACUGGUAGGAGAUGAAGCAGAAACAUUCAUGCCUAGAAAUAAAAUGAAGCCUCCAGUGCAUCCUACUGACCACAGCUGGACUGCAACCUCAAAAGUCUAUGUGGGCUGUAGAGAAGGAUUUGUUUUGGCAAUUGAUGCUCAGACACUCAGCAUUUCUUUUCUUCAACAAAAACCUCUACCUGAAUACCUGUGUAAAAUACUGGAUGUGGUGUCGUAUGCUCGUAGAGAAGUACAGAAAAAGAAAGGUGGCAAACCAGAGGAUCUGCAAAAACCAGCUUUAUUUUCCAUGGCAUUUUGUAACGAGGGACUGUACGCAGCUGGAACGGAGGGCACAUUAUUGUUUUAUCACAUCAAAUAUGGGCAGUAUGAGAUGAAAAUCUGCGCUGAUAUCUCAGAACCCAUAUCCAGCCUGGUAUUUUCUCCUGAUUACACCUUACUCCUGCUUGUCACUGACCAGGGGACAGUCUACACUUACAAACCUGCCCACAGUGGAGAAGCUGUCAAACUCUUGGAUGCAUGCAGUAGUUGUUUUCUGGCAGCUGAUUUUCUUACUCCAGGGAAUAAGUACUGUGUGUCUGUAACAGUUUCAGGUGAAGUCCAAGUUUGGUUCCUGGAAGAUGGAACUUGCCUUAGCAAGCUAAACCUUGAUAUCGAGGCAACUGCUAUGGCUUGCUGUCCCUCCUCCAACAGUGUUGCUCUAGGGACCAGCAGAGGUCAGAUCUAUUUCCUUGAUGUUACCAAUGCUGAAGCUCCACGGGUUGUUCACAGAAUUUUUCUUUCCAAAUUUCCAGUGCUGUCUUUGCAUUAUGAUCAGAGUGGCCAGUUCCUCAUUGCCAGAGCUACAGAAGGACAUAUCUUUAUUCUAGACUCCCGGCCUUCAAAGUUAUUCCAGGUUCUUGGAUAUGUAGUGUUGGCAGAUGAAGUUCUGGGUCUUUCUGUAGUUUCUGACUUCAAGAAUGACUUAGUUGAAGUGAUGGCACUUGUUAAUGUAGUGGAGGUCCAGAAAGCAAGACUGGAAAUUUUUUGUCUAUCUUCAGCACUCACAACAGAUAAUGAUAAGUAUGUUAAUGAACAAGGAGUGCUUAAUGCUAGUGCCAUUAAAAAGCAGCAGUAUGAUCUGGAUUGCCCUCUGAGCUCAGCAGUCAGAUUGAAGGAUAAUCUCGUGUAUGGUUACUGUACCUGUGCACCUUUCAUCUGCAGAUAUCAUCUCUCUCAAGAGAAUAUGUUGGAAGAUGCAUCAGCAUUUUUAUCAGAAAAGAGGACUCCUAGCAAUCAGUUUGGAUCAGGUUUCCUCUGUUUAUCACCCAACAGCCAGUGGCUGGCAUCAGUAGCAAGGGAUGGUGUUUUGUUCAUCUAUCAUAUUUCCACAAUGGAUAUACUUGCUCAAAACCACUGUCACUCUUAUCAAGGAGGGGGAAUCAGAUCCAUGGUAUUUUCGCUGGAUGGCAAAUUCAUCCUGGUGACUGGUGAAAAUGAUGGUACCCUGGUGUGUCUGAAAUGGAAGGAGAUAAAGAAAACUGAAGAUCAGGAAGCUGAUAGUCACUGGCAGUCUCUUCUUGCUGUACUGAACAAGUGUACUUCAAAUGAAAACACUGUUUUAAAAUCUAUGGCAGAAUGGCAGUUUGACCCAGAAUCCACAUCAGAAUCACUUCCAGAAGAUACAUUUAAGGAGGCAGCAUGUAAAUCUUCCAGUGUAGAGGUGACAGAAGAAGACAGAAACAUCACCAGUUUGUAUUCAGCUAGUGCCGAUGACAUGUCAUGGAUGGGUCAGAAAAUAAAGAAGAUCAUUACAGAAGAGAAUCAGAGGUUUGCUCACCAGAAGGAAGAGCUGCAAAUGGGCAUUAAAAAGCUGCGUAAAACUAUUCGGAAAAUGAUGCAUGAAAAUGAACAAGUGCCAGACAUUGAGAAACUGGAGCAGCAGGAGUUCAACCUGGAUCUAGAAGAACAGGAAAAAACACAAGCAGAGGCUGACCAGAAAGUGGACAGGGUGAGGAAUGAGAUUGAGAUGGAGAAUUUAGCCAACCGCUACUUGAGGGAUGUCAUCAAGCAUGAGUGCUGGGAUGCCAUGUGUGUAAAAGGAUGUGCAAUCAAGUGCUUCCAUAUGGCUUUUGACGUGAAGAAUUAUCCACUGACAGAACGUAGUGAAGAAGAGCUGGAAGCUUUGGAGAAAGUUCUCCAGUUAAAAAACAUUGAGACAACUGAUUUUAAGGUUCAAAAGAAAAAUACUGAGAUUGUGUGUAAGCCUGUAUUACCUAAGGAAGGAGAGAAGGCAGAAGUAAUGGCUGAUGAUAGUGCAUCUUACAGCCCGAUUGGAAGUCUCAGCUCUCAGUAUGGUGGAGACACUUCUGUCCUGUACCCCCAGUGGGACUUGCACACCAGGGAGCAGAAAAUCAACCAGAUAGUAUUACUGAAGGACAUCAUUUACAAAGUGAAAACUGCUUUUAAUGAAGAAUUUUACGCAGUUGCACAACUAAAGGAGCAGGAGGUAGCACGAGUGAAGGAAAGAAACCUGAGGAUCCGAGAUAUCUUGUCACAACUUGGUGUCCAAAUGAAAGUGUGGGAGCCAGCUCUUACAGAUGAUGAGAUACCUGAGCGAGCACUCACUGUUCAGGAUUCAGAGAUUAAAGCUGAAAAAUCCUUGACUCAACAAGAGAAAGAGAAAGCAGAAUUGCUGGCUAAGCUUGAAAAAGAGAGGCGCGACGCUUCUACGGUACUUCAAAUAGACAAUGAGAGACUGCGUGCUCUUGAUGACAUGAUGGGUGGAGUGCUAGAAAUCAAAAGGGAAGACAUCUUGAAAAUGAAUGUUCCUCCACCUCCUUUUAUAUCCAAGUCUGAGGAUCUUUGGAAUGAAGAAGAAAGGAGACUAUUUAGAGAAUAUGAGACAAAAGUCAAGGAGCUGGAUGAAGAAAAAGAAGAAUAUAGAAUGGAACUGAGACAAGAAUUGAAGGAACUUGAAGCUUCCAUCCAGGAAACAACCCAAAAUUUUGAUGAGACUGUGUGCAAACUCUCUGAAAGGAAAGUGAAAUUUGAGAUGGCCAUCUAUCAGGAAGAACUCAAAAUAUUAAAUCUUGUUUAUGCUUUACUGUUGGAUGAAGAAUUGAAUGCUAGAGAAGCUGGACUUCAUAAUUUCCUCAUGAAAAAAGAGAAAGAAAAAAUCAAGUCUGCAAGAGCAAUCCAGACUACAAAAAAGAAAAUUAAAGCUUACCUAGGCACCCGUGAAACUGCAAUAGCUGAAGAGAAGAAUCUGGAAAGUGGUUUUGCAAAGGAGUUUGCUGACGUACCUGCCAAUCUCCUUGAUGAACUUCACCAGCUUUACAAACAUCGUCCAAAGACCCCAGUGACAGAAAUGCUCCUUGACACUGCUAACCCGUAUAAGGAUUGUUCAGGCUCAGCUGAAGAUUACAAGGAGUCACUUACCCUUUUAAUGAAAGCCAUGGAUGAACUGGAUAGUUCUGAGCAUAUGCCUAAUGGCUUAGACCCAUCUGUAUGGGAACAUUUUUGCAUAGCUAGACGAAAUAAAAUGGAGAGUGAGGAGUUGGUGAAGUGGACAGCCCAAACACUGGCAGAGAUGCAGGCCUUUCUCCACAGAAGAAUGGUUGAAAAUGAGAAGAUUGAGUCAGAACUAAAAGCCAUUUUCCAAGAACUCACAUGGCUGCAGGAGGAGAAGAUAAAACUGCAAUUGAAUUUGAUUGUGCAGUUUUUGCUAAAACAAGGACAGGUGGAAUUGAAAAGUGCUGCUAUCCCAGACUACACUGAUGCCAUUCUCAUUAAUAAGAGUGUUGUUGAAGAUCUGAAUUGCUCUAUCAUGGCUCAAGGAGAAAAAAAAAUUGCAAGCAUGGUGGAAUGUAAAGACUUCUCUAAAGGGAUAUUUAAACUGGAAUGGCAACACAGGAAAAUGAGAAUGCAGAUAGAAGAUCUGAAACAGAAGGCUCAGGAUAUUGUAACACUACCUAUUUCAAAAGAUCGCCAGCUAUUCCUAACUGAGCUGAACUACGACAGCACCAUCGCCCAGCGCAUUUCAGUGUUGGAGCAAACACUUGGCACCAUCGAUAAGCUGCACAAGAAGAAUGUGAAGAAUUGUAAAAAAAGAAUUAAAGAGUUGGAGAAGUGCAUCAGUUUAAAAGAGCAAGCAAACUACAAGCUCAGCCUGGAGCUGAAAGAAAUGCUUGUCUCUGUCUCAGAAAGGAGUAACAUCUCGAAGGCAGCCGACAUACGGCCUGUUUCUGAAAAGAUUAGAAAGGAGCGUUACCAAGAGAUUUUGAAGCAGAAACACCUACGGAAUCUUGUAAGGGAAGAGGAAGAACAGGUUGAAAUUCUUCAGGCACAAGUUGCAAGACUGAGAUCAAGAACAUUCCCUAUUCUUUAA